AGCUCCUUCCGCUCGAUGCUGAUUGGCCGCCGCUGGCCAUCGGAUCGGGGAUCAGUUUGUUUACAUCGAAGCCGGAGCCGGAGCUGGAGCUGGACGGAACUUUCCAGAACCAUGAGCGAACGGCACAGUAACGAGGAGGAGAUCCUGCAGGGAUCUUGGGUAGAGUUGCACUACAAUAACAAUGGCAGCAAUGAAAGCAGUACACAAAAUGGAGCACAGGAACAGGUUCCAGCACCCACUUCAAUCCUCAAUGGGGAAAUGGAAAAAAUACUUCUAGAUGCUCAACAUGAAUCAGGCCGAACCAGCUCCCGAGGAAGUUCUCACUGUGACAGGUAUAUGCAAUACGUAAUUUUGUGACAAACUUAAAGUCAU